GAAUUUGCGAUUUUUUUCCAAUUGUCUAUUAAAAAGUUGCAAUUGAAUUUUUGUAACUUUUUUUUCGCUAAUAUUUUCGUUUAUUUAUUUGAAUAACACUUAAAAACCAUAACACUCUUUAACUGCCUAAACACUUGUUGACAAGUGUUGCUUAAAAACUAUUUAAGUUUACAAAAAGAAACUUCAAGAGUUUCGUUUAAAAAGCUAAAGCUAGCAAAGAAAGCAACUUGGCUUGGUGUGGAAGAAAGCUGGUGCAAUUUUGCAAAUAUGUCGCAACCUGCUAAAAAUAUUUUAAUUCGCAUACAAUCUCCUGAGGGCAUAAAACGUAUUGAAAUUUCACCGAAGGUCAAUCUUAAGGAACUUUAUGAGUCUGUGCAAAAUGCUUUGAAAGUUGAUGGAUUUGGUUUGUUUAAGGAAAGGAAUUUUACUAAAGAGCUUUAUGCCAAUUCAUCACAACAAAUAGGCACUCUACUCAAACAUGGCGAUAUGGUGUAUCUUAAGCAAUUGGCUGGCACGUCUGCAAGACGCACUAGUACCACAGCUAUAGAUCAAUUUGAUUUAAAACCAGAGACAGUAACUAAUAAUGAUUUUAAACCCACCGCAAGAGUGGUCGAAGAUGAUGUUGAUCAAUUAUUGGCAAAGGAAGAUGGUCUCAUUAAAAGGGAUAGAGAUAGUAAAUUAUGCCGUCACCAAGCCAACGGCUGCUGUGUCAACUGUUCACCCCUCGAACCCUACAAUGAAACGUAUUUAAAGGAGCAGAAAAUUAAACAUCUUUCAUUUCAUUCGUACAUACGCAAACAAACGUCGGGCAUUGAUCGCGGCAAGUACAUGGUAUUCGAUGAUAUUAAUUGUCGCAUUAAGACCGGUUGCCGUGAACAUCCACCAUGGCCCAAGGGCAUCUGUUCAAAGUGUCAACCCUCGGCUAUUACUUUAAAUCGUCAGAUCUAUCGUCAUGUGGACAAUGUCAUGUUUGAAAAUACCACAAUUGUUGAGAGAUUUUUGAAUUAUUGGCGCACCACUGGGCACCAAAGAAUGGGUUUCCUGUAUGGCACCUAUGAGGUGAACACAGAUGUACCGUUGGGUAUCAGAGCCACAGUAGCGGCAAUUUAUGAGCCUCCCCAGGAAUCGACUAGAGACUCGAUUAAGCUAUUGGAGGACGAAGCAGCUGAUGAUAUUGAAGAAGUGGCCAAGGCUUUGGGUUUGAGAAAGAUUGGUUGGAUUUUUACUGAUUUAAUCACUGAUGAUCCGGCUGCUGGCACUGUUAAACAGUUACGCGGCAUUGAGACCCAUUUCUUAACCGCCCAGGAAUGUAUAAUGGCGGGCGAAUUGCAAAAUCGUCAUCCUAAUCCUUGCAAAUAUGCCUCGAAUGGGGUAUUUGGCUCGAAAUUUGUUACCGUCUGUGUUACAGGCGACAAUACCAAACAGGUUCAUAUGGAGGGCUAUGGUGUUUCAGCCCAAUGCAUGGCUUUAGUGCGUGAUGAUUGUUUAAUACCAACUAAAGAUGCACCCGAAUUGGGUUAUGUUCGCGAAUCGACUGAUAAACAAUAUGUUCCAGAUGUUUAUUAUAAGGAAAAAGACCAAUAUGGCAAUGAAGUACAACGGUUAGCACGUCCACUUCCUGUUGAAUAUUUGUUGGUGGAUGUGCCAGCCUCAACACCGCUACAACCGCAAUACACCUUCACCCAGUACGACAAGAGAACACCAUUCCCUGUGGAGAAUCGUUAUUUGGAUGGUCAUUUGCAAGACUUUAAUGCCUUGAGCACGUAUUUGUCGCAGUGGGAGGAUGAGGAGUUUCUCGAAGCCAUUUCAGAUUUUCAUUUGCUGGUGUAUCUAUUCAAAAUGGACAUGUUGCCAUUGCGUCAGCAUAUGCAGCCCUUGCUAGAGGCGGUACGCAAUAAGAAUCCAAAUAUGGCGUUUGCCUUCAAAAAGGAGGAUGUAUGGAAGCUAUUAGAAUCACUAAUACAGGCCAGUUCAUCGGGUAGUGGCGGCACUACCAGUUAUCCUUCAUCAUCUGCCGCUAUUAGGGCAGCCGCUGGUGGCGGCAAUUCCGGUUCGGCUCAUGAGAAUGCUGUUACCGAAUCAGCCACUUGGACUUGUAAUCAUUGCACUUUUAUUAAUCGUGGCGAACUGACCUCUUGCGAAAUCUGCUCUCUACCCAGAUAAACGUUUGGUUUGGUUUGCAUCAAAACAAUCUAGAAGUAAAAUAAAAGGAAAUUAAACGUGUUCUCUCAAACCCUUAAAAAUAUCCCCAAUAAAAAAACAAAAAAACAAAACCUUUAAACAAAAUAUGUGCUUCAGACCUACAUGUUACACAAUUUAUAAUUUCUGUUCUUUACCAAGACCUGUUUUUCUUUUCCCCCAGAUGUCAUUUGUUGUUUAUUGUUUUGGUUUUAUUUUCUUUUACUACUCCUCUCCUAAUCAUUUUUCAUUUGUUUAAUUGUUUAAAACAAAAAAUUACAAGUUAAACAUGGGUUUUAAAAGAACAGUCAAUAUUUAUGUACAAUUAAAUGAAUACAAAAAUAAUAAAUAAAUAAAUACUUAAGGAUGGGAUUUGUACUACGACAUCAAAACAGAAA